AAUCUCUCAUCUUCUUCUUCUCCCCCUUUCAUUCACCACCACUUGUAUAUUGUUUCGCAUCUCUUCAUCUCAAAAACACUUUCUCUUCACCUAAGUUUCUGCUAAAGCUACUCUCUGAUUCAAGUAUUCUUGAUUCAAAACCCAUAAAUCAAGAACUGUAGUUUGGGAAAAGAUAAGAUGAAGAUACAGUGUGAUGUGUGUGAGAAUGCUCCGGCGACGGUUAUAUGUUGUGCCGACGAAGCAGCUCUUUGUCCUAAAUGCGACGUCGAGAUUCACGCUGCUAACAAACUCGCUAGCAAGCACCAACGCCUCCAUCUCGAUUCUCUCCCCACCAAGUUCCCUCGUUGCGAUAUCUGCCAAGAGAAGGCAGCUUUUAUUUUCUGUGUUGAGGAUAGAGCUCUGCUUUGUAAGGACUGUGAUGAGUCCAUCCACUUAGCUAACUCUAGAUCUGCGAAUCAUCAGAGGCUUUUAGCUACUGGGAUCAAAGUGGCUCUUGGCUCAAGUAGUUGCACCAAAGAAACGGAGAAGGAUCAGUCUAAGGAGAUUCCAGCUAAAACCCUAAGCCAGAAGCAGCCUUCUUCUUCUGCUACGACUCCUCUUCCGUGGGCUGUUGAUGAUUUCUUUCACUUCUCUGAUCCUGAGUUCACCGAUAAGUUGACCUUUUUAUUGAGCAGAAAGGAGAGCUUGACCUUGGGGAGUUUGAGUGGUUUUCAGACAUGGGUUUCUUCGGUGAUCAGACUCUUCCUGCAGCUGAAGUUCCCGAGCUUUCUGUUUCGCAUAUGGGUCAGGUUCAUUCAUACAGACCGAUGAAGUCAAACGUAUCAUACAAGAAGCCUAGGUUGGAGAUCAGAGGUGGUGAUGAUGAUGAUGAAGAGCACUUCAUUGUCCCUGAUCUAGGAUAAAAGCUAUAUGUAGACAUUACUCUAUAGAAAAGUAAAGCUAGAAACUUAUCUUCAUAAGGAGAAUGAUGCGUGGAGUCAAUGGCAUAUCUAUAUAGUAUCCUCUAAGUUGAGUAAGCUAUGUUGGAAGCUUAUUACAUUAUUCGUUUUUGUCCGAGUCUCUAUGAGAUGUUUGUGUUUGAGUUUGUUCAUAUACCUCUAGAACAUGUGUUUGAUAUAAUCUUUGGUAAUACAAACUUGAAUAAAAGGGAACUUCCCCUGCUA